AUGAGGAAGCUGGCUGGAUUUAUAAUUUUUCUCGUUGUUUUUAACUCGUUCAUAACUGAACAUGUUAAAGCAGUCGAGAGUUCGGGGCAAUCGUCAAGAGAUGUUCGUUCGAAAUGGGUGAAACCGAUGAACACUGAAGAGAACGCAACACCGAAAACAAAGGAUUCUGAAGUCGUCAUCGGUGCAGAAGAAGAAGUAAAACAAUAUGCAAGAUCACUCCGGAAGAAAACGAUACCAGAAAUAGAAAAAGAUAUUGCAAGCCGAAACGAUCGUGAUGAAAAUGUUUUGACAGAUUCUUUGAGAGUUAAAAGACAACUGAAAAGAAAACCGGUGAGAAAAUUGUCCAAUGGUCCCACGUUGACAGAUGAUGAUGUCAAAGAAAUGCAAACCACUCUUGAAAAUUUUCUUAUCAAAGAAUACAAGAAGUGCCAAACAAAGUCGGCGAAAGAAGUCGAUAAGUGCAUCACGGAAGCUCUAGCAUCUACAGAAAAAAAAUUCGAAAGCAUACUUAAGGACAAUAAUAAGUGUGCUGGUGCUGAGCUACAAAAAUGCAAAGAUCAAACGUGGAAUAAAGUUCUCGGUUACGUCCCAUUCGCUUUGCCAGUCUCUAACGCUCUUGCAGGAGUGACGGCUGAAAAAUACGGUGGUCACAAAAUUGGCUUCAUUCUUGCGAAGAACUUCGAUAACUGCUACGACAAAAACGACAAAAUCGAUCAGUUCUUGAAAUGUUUCAAAAGUGGAAACGAAAAAUCUCCGCUGAAUGUUGCCAGAGAUAAAAUCGCAGUGUUAGUUGGAGAUUUUUGUAAAAAUGAAGCAACUGAUGAGUUACAAGUUGAAUGCAGAGGAAAAGUAGUCGGUUAUAUUAAACAGAAACUGGAUACUGCUGCUGCGAACAUUUUGAUCAUCUUCUGCGCCAACAAAGAUAAAAGUCCUACAUGUGAUAAUGCGAAAGCAAAUUUCGAUAUUUUCUCACAAUAUAAAACAGUUCCGCUGAGCACGUUUAAAACGGAUAAAAAAUACGGCGAAGUUGACGUCGGAACGGAGAUAGGAUCGGCAGCCGAAAAAUGCGAAAAUCAGCAAAGUAUAGAUAAAUUUGUUGACUGCUUGAAAGGAGAGCUGGAUUCGGGUGUUAUUAGGAAAAAUAUAGCUACUAAACUUGCUGCCCAUUGCAAAUCAGUCUCUUCAAAGGAAAAAAAUUGCAGAAAAGAAGGAAAAGUAGCGGUUGAAACGAAGCUGAAGGAGGCGAUUUCCGCUGUUCUGGAAAAUUAUUGCGGUGGAAAUUAUAAAAAGGAGAAAGCUUAUCAGUCUUGUUUGACGAAGACGGGAAAUAAAAUUUCUGCAGAUAUUUCACUACCUGCUCCUACAAUCUCUUUCCAAAAACCGACCCCUUUGAAGUCAAUUGUAACGAAAGAUUUGUAUGGUAAAAUUACAAUUGGAUCGAUUGUUGAAGCUAAUUUAAAAGGUUGUUUGGAGAAAAACAAAGGCAAAAUUACCGAUGAUUUUACAAGUUGUUUGGGUAGUUCGCAAACCGAUCCUUUGAAAACUGCAAUGAAGGAAAUUUCAAAUCAACUGACAAAUCAUUGUGCUAAGAAUCAGUUGAGGGAAAGAAUUUGUCGGAAGGAAGGCGAAGAAGAAGUUCAGGGUCUUAUUAGAAAUUCAAUCGACUCACUUAUCCUCACAUUCUGCGAAGGAGAAUCUUCGAAAUAUAAGUGGCAAGAAGACUAUGAUGAGUGUCAGAAAACAUCUAAAGCGAAAAAACUCUCGGGAGAAUUUGUUCUUCCUUUCAAACUUCUUGAUGAGAUUCCUCUUUCCCAGUUUAUGAAAGGCGAGAUCAAAAUAGGAGAGAUUUUGAAGAAAGAGGCGGAUUCGUGCAAAACAACCAAUUCCAAAUCUCGUGACGAAUACUUGAAUUGCUUAAAAGGAAAACCUCUUGCAACAGUGAAAGUGGAUGUCGCGCAACAACUAGCUAAUAGUUGUGGAAAAGUUGGAAGAUCAAAAGUCGAUGAUUGUCGGAUAAAUGGUCAAACUGAAGUGGAAAAACAACUGAAAGAUUCUUUGAUUGCCAUUCUUAUGAACUUCUGUCGGGAAUUCAAUGCGAACCCAGAAGACACCUACAACGAGUGUUUGAACUUUGAUGGAGACAAGCUGGGAGUUGAAGCGAAACUAGGCAAUCUUCCUGCUACCGUCCACGCUCCAAUUGAUGUUCUUCGGAUAAUUACGGACAAAGAUGACGGGGAAAUCAAAAUAGGUGAAAUCCUUCAAACCGAUACUAAUGCGUGUAACGAUAAAAAAACGUCCAAUGAGUACUACAAAUGCUUGAAAGGAGAUGACGGCGCUCAAACGUCACCUUUGAAAACAGCUAUCGAAAAAGUAAAGGCAAUAUUGGCGGAUGUAUGUGGGCAGAAAGAGAGCAUAAUGGAGUGUCGAGAUGGUGAACCACUAUUGAAUACCAUGAAUAAACUGAAAGAAGCAACUGAGGCUAUAUUUCUUAACUAUUGCGGUUUGAAAGCAAAAAAUAAUCAACAAGAAUAUACAAAAUGCGUUGACGACGGUUUCAAGGAGACGCUGCCUUACUUGAAUGAUAAAACCCUUCCGAUCAGUCUUCGUAAUGAAAUAUCUUUAUCGUCACUCGUAACCACCAAGUAUGGUAACAUCCCUGUUGGCGAAAUUCUCGAAGGACAAACGGGAAAGUGCAAGAACAUCAAAGCACUUGAUGAAGUUGUUAGCUAUUCCACUUCUGCUAAGUUCGCUGAUUACGCUCUCGAGCAAAAUCUAGUUGAAAGCGAUUGGAAUCGAGGAGUGGAGGAAAUGAAGAAGGAGUUUAAGCAGACAAUUCAAGCAUUUUUAUCAAACUUCUGCCGGGGAAAUGUGAACAAAAAUCAAGGUGAAUAUUCGAGUUGUUUGACUGAAGGAUUAAAACUAUCUGAGAGUUUGUCGCAAGGAUACACCCCAAUAGAUAUAUUUCUUCAAUGUAGUUCGAAAAAGACGGAAACUGAGUACAAUCAAUGCAUUGACACUGUCAACGGCCAACGUCUCAAUGCAUGGUCUAUAGCUUGUUCCUCUGAUCUAACAUUGAUACAAGAAUGUAAAGAUUCUGCUACGAAAAUGGCUUCUGAAACUGCUCAAGUUGCCAAAGUUGCUGCAAAACUCGUUGGUUGUGUGACACCGUCCUGCAUCAAAACUGAAAGGCCAAAAGUGAUCGAUGAAUUCGUCAAAGCUGAUGAGAAAUAUUGUAAAACGCCAUGUAAAGAUUCCAAACUUAAAAUCGAGGCUGCAGUGAAAAAAGGUGUAUCGGAUUGUUCUGCUGAUAAGACCAGUUCAAAAUGUCGAGCCGAUCUCCUCUCUGCGGGCAAUGUGUCAUGUAAGAAUCUUCUUCACAUGGAUGCAUGCGAAGAGGUGUGUGCAGCAGCAGGAAAGGAAGAGAGCAACGAUGGAUGGUCCUUUAUAAAAAUAGCUAUUGUUGCAUUAAGUAUAGUGGUCAUCAUAUUCUUCAUCUUACUUCUCAUCUGCUGGCGUUGUUUUAGUAGAAAAGAUUUUAAAAGAUUUUGUAAAAAUCGCUUCGGUCGUAAAGAUCCAUCAUCAGAACCUUUAUUGAAAGAAGAAACUCUACCACCACCACCUCCAAUCCCAACUCCAUCAGCUUCAAAUACGGAGACAAAUGAAAAAGAUAAAAAGGAAGAGGAGAAUAUCAACAACGAUAAUCCGAAGGCACAGAACGAUAAUCCGAAAGAAAAUGAAAAGAUCGAACAAGGAGAUGAAGCGGUAAAAGGAAAUGCCAGAAAAUUGUCAGCAACCAAACCAGGGAAACGUGAAAGAUCGAAAGAAUAUAAAGAUUGGAACAAAACAGACCAUUUCAAAGAUGGAGGGUAUUCCCAACUACCUUACAUGUCAGAUAUCCCUGACCCAGCAUCGGUUCGCCGGAAAUCUGUGACUCGCCUGCCUCGUGUUUUCCGCGAUAAGUCUCGAGACCAUUUUGUCAAAUGUGGAACCGGUUAUGAUUGCGUUGAAAAAGAUGUAGACUUUCAAAAAAGGCGCCCUGGUGUUUUGGAAAAGGAUGAUAAAGAAAGAUUCCCGGACGAAGAUUCUGAAGCGGACACAGCGAAGCCAGCGGAGCGAGCGCCACGUUCAGAUUCAUUCGUACGUGAGGAUUUCGUUAUUCCACAUCGGAGCGAUUUACAUAGAGAAGCUUCUGCGUCAAAAUCUCGAGAAUCUUCUGCUGAACCAAGAGAAUCAUCGGUGAAUAAACCGGAAAAACCUAGAUCAUCCCGCUCCACAGCAAGAAAGACCACUAGUUCAUCUACACCAUCAUCUGUUCCACGGAAGUCUGGAAGUAAGUCAAAAAAUUAG